CGUCACCACUGACAUAGGCUGUGUCCCUCAUCGACACCACGUCGCAACCACUUUCAUGCGCAUUUUCUGACGGACAUAGCCAAUACCAGCGCUAUCAUGGCGCCAGAAAAGCGCUCGGCACCCUCUGAUAGCGAUGACGAGAGCGACGCCGACCAACGUCGUGCCAGGCACUCAUCGUCCACACCCUAUGGCUCAGAGUCAAAGCGACGAAGAACCAACGACAAGUCCUCUACCGCUCAGCAUCCCGAUGCCUCCAGCGAAGUAGACGAAGCAAGUACUCCUCCAUCGGAUUUCGGCUCUGACGCCGACGAAGAUAAUGGGGAGGCUGAGUUGGCUGCCACCCAGGCCAUUGAAGACAGAAAGACCUCGAGAAAAGAUCAGAAUAACGAACCUGCUCUCCAUGGCAUCUUGGAAGAAGUAAAAGUGACCAAUUUCAUGUGCCACGAAGACUACGAGUUUCACUUGGGACCGUUAAUCAAUUUCAUCACCGGAAAGAACGGCAGCGGCAAGAGCGCGAUCUUGACUGCAAUUGUACUCUGUCUUGGAGGAAAAGCUUCUGCUACAAAUCGUGGUGCCCGGCUCUCGAAUUUUAUCAAAGAAGGCAAAGAUCAUGCGACUAUCAUAUGCAAGAUCAAAAACCAGGGCGACUCAGCUUAUAUGCCUGAUUUGUAUGGGAGUACAAUACAGGUCGAGCGGCACAUCUCGCGAACCGGUGGUAGUAGUUUCAAACUAAAGUCCGAAAGAGGCCGGAUCAUUUCGACCAGGAAAGCUGACCUGGAAGAAAUCUGCGACCACAUGAUUUUGCAGAUGGAGAAUCCUAUGACUGUCUUGUCCCAAGACCAGGCACGACAGUUCAUCUCGUCAUCCAGCGCGGCGGAAAAAUACAAGCUGUUCAUGAAAGGUGUGCAUCUGGAACAACUCGACCAAGAUUACCGUAUCAUCGAGGAACAACAAGAAAACAUCCAUGCAAAGAUCGAGACAAUCCGUCCGGAUCUGAAAGAUUUGCAGAAAAAGCAUGAAAGUGCAAAGAAUAAGCAGGAAUUGUCGCGCAAGUAUGACAGUAUGCUCGAUAAAUUGCGUGAUUAUCGUCGACAGCUUGCCUGGGCUCAAGUCGCCGCCAAAGAAGCUCUGAGAGAAGACUAUCUCCAGCAAAUCCAGGAAGCUGAUACCAAGAUCCAGGAGGCCGAGGCCAAAGUCGGACAGCUCGAUCAGGUGUUUCAGCAAUCCGAACUAGCUGCGUCUGCUGCAGUUGAAUUCUACAGUGAUGCUGUAGCUGUCGUUACUCGGCUUCAAGAAGAGAAGGCAGAGGCAAAGGCAGACCAGGAUGAUAUAAAAAAGGAAACCCAUGAUGCUCACGCCGAACAACGGAACAUUCGCUCGGAGUUGCAAGCGGCCGACGAAACAAUACGCGCCAAGACCCAAGAAAUCGAACAGGAAGAGCAAAGACUCGCUGAGCUCAAUGGAGGUGGUGCGGCAAGGCGCAUUGCAGAGCUUCAAAAUGCCCAUGAAGCCCUUAAGGAGGCAAAGCAAGCAGAAGACGAUCAUAAAAGACAAAGAAAUGAACGGGAAGCAGAUAUUGAGCGUAUGGGGGGUCUCGAGACAGCCGCCCAAGAGGCACUUACAAACCAUCAGGAGCGACUCAGGCAACAGAAGAACAAUCUCCAGCAGCUGAGCCGUAAUCGUGCCAAUGCUGACUUGGCGUUUCAUCCUAACAUGCCAACGCUGUUGAAGGCUCUUGCAACAGACACAGGGUUUCAAGAGCGGCCCAUCGGUCCCCUCGGCAAGCAUGUCAGACUUCUCAAACCCGAGUGGUCGUCCAUCAUUGAGAAGUCUUUCGGUAAUACUCUCAAUGCCUUCAUUGUGACCAACAAACGUGACGAAAAGCAUCUGAGCGAUGUCAUGCGACGUGCCAAAGUACAAACCCCGAUAUUCAUGAUCAACAAUCAGCACCCAAUGGACAUUGCUGCUCACGAGCCUGAUGCCCGAUUCGAUACGGUAUUGCGAGUUCUAGACAUUGACAAUGAACUUGUGAAGAGACAAUUGGUCAUUGCUCAUCACAUUGAACAGAGUAUCUUGAUUGCAGACAUGUCCGAAGCUUCUGAGACAUUAUUCGGGGGACGACCGCUCGAAAAAGUGAAGCGCUGCUACUGCUUCAGUGCAAACAGUAAGCUUCGUGGCGCAUGUCUGUUUUACCGUGGUGCGCAAGCAGCACAAGAUCCGGUGCACGAAUACCUUGGAACUCCGCGGACGAAGACUGACGUCGAAGAAUCUAUCCGGAGGCAGCAAGCUCUCAUUGCGGAAAUGAGUGAACAGCUGCGCCGGCUGGAGGAAGAAUACCGUUCUGCUCGCGAUCACCAUGUGAAAGCGCAGCAAGCGCUUCUACGUCACGACAGGGCAUCAAGAGACCUAAAGAUUGCCGUGCAGGAAGCUGACGAUCAGGUGGAUCGACUAAAUGACGAGAUCAAGCAGGAUAACGCCGAAGAGGGUAGUUUGGAAGUUAUGCGGAGCACGUUGCGGGACGCCCAAGAGCAGAAAGGAAUCCAUGAAAGUUCUUUCCAGGACGCAGUAAACAAUCUCGAUGUCUUGAAGGGGAAGCUCAGGACCGCCACUCGACAGCUGGCUGAGUUGGAUGCUCGUAUCGCAGAGGCUCAAGAAGCAGCAGACGAAGCACAACGCCGAGCGCAAGAAGCUGAUAAGAAACGAGCAUUUGACCAGCGCGAGAAACAGCAGGCUGAGUCUCGAGUCCAGGACGGUGUGGGGGACCGUGAAAAGUUGGUGAGCAAUCUAGCAGACUUGGACGACACGAUUGCCGCAUUCACGGAGCAGGCUCGGCAAGUUUCAGAGAGGGUUAACAUUCCCGAAGGGGAAACCUUCGAGAGUCUUGACAAGCGCUACAAGAGAUUAUACGAGGACUAUCGCAAAUAUCAUGAUCGGAUUGGAGAUCGGGAACAAAUCGCUGCUGAGGCGACCCGGUGCAGAAAGGCAUUUGACACUGCACAAAGGGAGUUGCAGAGUCUCGAGAACUUGCGAGACAAGCUUCAAGAAACGAUGCAACAGCGUAAAGAGCGCUGGAAGCUGUUCCGAAGCUACAUAUCAGCCCAUGCAAAGGCCCAAUUUGGUUUCAUGCUGAGUGAAAGAGGCUUCCGGGGCAGACUGAUCAUGGAUCAUCAUCAAAAGCUGAUGGACUUGAAGGUGGAACCCGACAUCACCAGGCGUGACGGUUCAGGAAGAAGCGCUCGUACCUUGUCGGGUGGCGAAAAGUCCUUCUCGCAAAUCUGCUUACUGCUUGCCAUUUGGGAAGCAAUGGGGGCUCCGAUCAGAUGUCUAGAUGAAUUUGAUGUUUUCAUGGAUGCGGUGAAUCGAAGCAUCAGUGUAAACUUGCUCAUCGAGGGCGCUCGACAGAGUAUUGGACGACAGUUUAUCUUGAUCAGCCCUGGAUCGAAAUCAGACAUCCCGCGAGCUCCGGAUGUCAAAGUUAAUGAGGUUGCUGCACCAGAGAGAGGCCAAACAAGACUGGUUCUUGCAUCAGCUUAGGCUCGAGGUAUUGCACCUGCACUCGUAAGGCAGCCUAUUGUGGUAUGAAGCAGCACGAAGAUGCGCAAUAAAUCAGGUGCUGUAUCCGAGCUCGGGUGUCUUGUCACAGUCGGGACGACAACCUUGUGUAUCCCAAGCGGCUAAGCAUCGCCACGUGAGAUGACGGCCUUCGAUUACUUGGUCGGUUUGAUGGACAGCCGUAUGGACCUCGAUCCAUUCAGUAAUGCUGCUAGACUCAGUACAGUCUUGUGCGACCGUACGUGUUCCGCCGAGCCUCUCUACAUCAAUCAUUGCUCGAUCCCGUCAUCUUUUUUACACCAGCCAGUUUAUCCUACGGCCUCCCAAAUAUGUGCGUUGCUGGUUUUGUUGGCAAAACAGUGUAUCACCUGUACUGCCGUGCUCUAGCCCUAGCCAAACUGACCCGACCCUCUGGACCGGUACGAUAUGCCCUUCCGCAGUGAGCACCCGAUGCUAGGUUUUUGCUCACCGAUAUUUACUUGACCACCACCGACAUAGCAUAAUGAUAAUGGGGCAUAAAACGUUUGUCUUUCAGUUACCGACAUGCAACUUUGGUGUCUGUUGGCACACAGAAGAGUAUCUUGCAGCAUGUUCAUUGCCUCAUCCUUUCCAUACCGAAAGAUGUCGACUGGCGUACACAACCAUCAGCAAUUUUUAGAUUCUGCGCCGCAAAGGGUUUUGACGUACAACAAGCAUGGAACCGGGGCCUUGGAGACGUUUUUUGGGCUUUAUAGAAUGAGCGACUUGCAACGGAAGAUUCUAGCCAGAUUCCUGUCUCACACCAAGCCUAGCAAGACGAGAAAUUGCGGCUGUGUGCCCCCUUGCGUUAGGGGAAGGUAAGCCUGGCAGCUCAUCCGCACUCAAAUCACUGGGACACCGGGUAACUUUCAUCAGCUGUCCUUGCAAAGGACCACAGGGUCCUGGCGUGUGUCCGAAAAGCUGUGUGUGUCCGUGCAAUUGAUAUGCAACAAGCCAGGAGCUUAAGGAGGGCCUAUGUUACGGUUGUGACGAUUAGAGGCUGGAUGGGAAAGGGGCCAAUAUGUCGAUGGUCUUCGGUGUGAUAACCCACUUUGCCCACCUUAGCCUGUGAAGAGUACAGCCAGUCUGACCAUGUAGUCGCUAGAGACAUA